CGUGAAGCGUGACGCGGACCGGUGAACAGGUCUCAAGUGCGAGGUGAGGUGGAGGCGCAUACCUACGGUCGCGCUGAUGUCAGAUGGCAGCGCGUCUGCUACUGUAGCAAGUCUGCCUCGUCCGGGCACAGCCACUUUCCGGCCCCCAGCAGCUGCAUACCCUGAUACUCAGUGAAGAAGUCGACGAUGUGCUUAGGCUUUCCCCCGCACUUCCGCGCCGACCGGCAACUGCUCCAGCCACCACAGCCACAGCCACUGCCAAUGACAACCACAGCCAUCCAUCACCACCACCAUUCCAUUCCAAUCCAUCCCAUCACCGCCACACCUCUCCCCUCCCAUCUCCCCAUCUCCCAUCCUUCCAAUAACCACACACCCCCCUGCUCAGCUGAACCCUCUCUCUCCCUGCCUCCCUCCCCGUCAGCAGCCACGUCCGCCCAUCCGCGCUCCGACCUCUCCCCAACCAGCCCGCCUGUUGUGUUGGUGCGCCCCCCGCCGACUGGCUCGUCCCUGGCACCGAGUCGUGCGUGCAAGCGCCCGACGCAUAGCUACUUGCCUACAGUAGCCUCGCCGCCAAACCCCUUGCACGCAUGCGCACUGCGCGAGGCGGCGGGCGGCGGGCGGCGGAGGCGUCUCGGUGCGCGUGCGCGUGUAUAGUUAGGUAGGCAGGCGCCCCAAAAAAAAAGAAGAUUCGUCAUUAUCGAGGCCGUACGUCAUAUUAUCUGUGCCUUUGCGGCGGCGGCGGGAGAUGCCUUUGGAAGAAGAAACGCCUCCCGCGCUCUAAAAAAAAAGAAAAAACCAAGAGGA